ACCCGCGCCUCCGUCGUUACCGGCGUCUGUGCAGCAGCUGUCCGUUACAUCCUAUACAUCGCUUUAUUUCUGCUUGUUGUGCCUGCGCCACCCGGGCCGAGCGGAGCGCGUUGCGCAGUCUGGACGCAGCGCUGAUAUGCAGAGAAAAGCGGAGAGGCGCAGCGGGACUCACUUCUUUGAUGGUCGUGAGGUCCCAUCGCAGGCCUCCUCUGUGACCACCGAGGCUGUUUCCUCCUAGAAAAAUGGCCCGGGUGACGGAUCGCUUCGGAUGGGGCUUAUUUCUCUGAUCAGGUGGAGAGUGUCGCUAACAAAAUGAAGAUCUGGAGCACGGAGCACGUUUUCAGUUACCCCUGGGAGACGGUGAUCAAGGCUGCGAUGAGGAAGUACCCCAACCCCAUGAACCCCAACGUGGUGGGGGUCGACGUGUUGGACCGCAGCCUCGACACAGAGGGACGCCUGCACAGCCACCGACUCCUCAGCACAGAGUGGGGCCUGCCAGGCAUCGUGCGAGCGAUCCUGGGGACCAACCAGACGAGGACCUACGUGAAGGAGCACUCCAUCGUCGACCCCGAGGAGAAAAAGAUGGAGCUGUGCUCAACUAAUAUCACUCUGACCAACCUGGUGUCCGUGGACGAGAGGCUCGUUUAUCGCCCGCACCCGGAAAACCCUGACGUCACCAUCCUGACCCAGGAGGCCAUCAUUACAGUGAAGGGAGUCAGUCUGAGCAGUUACCUGGAGGGAAUGAUGGCCAGGAGAAUGUCGGCUAACGCAAGGAAGGGCUGGGAUGCUAUUGAGUGGAUUAUUCAGAACUCUGAAAGAGAGAACGUACCGCUGUGUGACAUUUACUAACUCUGGACUUACAGUUCUAUAGCGUCGGCGCUGUCCCCGGCUGCACCUCACACACACGCGGCCGGGGGUCCUCUGCAAACCGGGGUCCCUCUGCAGUUGGUACACACCCUGUCAGAGAGGUUUCGUGGAUUUUUCACCCCACGCCGCCUCUCUCGCCUCUGUCUGGGAUCAGCUUGGACUACACACACCGGAAGCCUGGACAGCUACAAAACGCCUUCAACACAAAGAGGCCGAAUGAUGAAUAGAAAGCAUGAGAAAGAGAAAUUAGAUGGAUUUCUAUGUUGUGAACUUGGAGUAGGAGUCAAGGAUUUUGGGCCCUGAGCACGGCGGGACUGGGUCACUCUCCUCUCCUUUACUUACCUCCUUGUAUUUAACACGGUGUAAUGAAUUUCGCCAGAAGGUUUAACAGUUAAAAGUCAAGGAUGCUACCAUCAAGCCCACCACCCAUAAGAAGCUCAGCCAUCCCUCUGACUAUUUCUGAGCAUCACGACCCCCUCGCUCUUAAUUCCUCGGUUUUUGACUAACGGUUUCGACUCACUGUGUUAAAAGGCGCGCCGGGAAACGUGCGCAGACUGUGGGGAGGGUCUUGAUUUCGCAGAUGCGACGCACAGACACCCCGUUGGAGCUCGUGAAAAACAAAAUGCAGUGCCACUUUGAAAAUAUGCAGGAAACUUCAUAAGAAAAAAAAAUGUAUUUGAAAUGAUGGCAUCCUCCUACAUGGUCUCACACUGUAGACUCCCAUAGCAGGGAGUUAACAUCAUAACGUUACUGGUGCUUAUGUGUUUUCUGCAAAAGGGGAACACGGAUGAUUUAUUUGCAUGAUGAUAGUAAAAAAAACAACAAUGGUACUAAUUUAAAAUAGCACACUGUAAUGUAUAACACUGUUUGAUAGUAAUUAUACACAACCUGAUGUAAUGUGUACAGUAGUAACUAGGCAAUUGAGUAGUCUGCUAGUUAGAGACUAAUUGCUGAUGCAGCUUUAGACAGGAACUCAGAAAAAAAAAAAGAAAAAAUGUGGGAAUGUCCCAUUAACAUUGCCUUCUAUGUCUUCUGUUAAGGCAAUAAUACACUGGCUGUUUUUUAAUAUGAUAGUUGUAGGCAAUAUUUUAGCUUCAUGGGGUUAAAAUCAAUGUUGAUUACAGAUUGAGCUUCAGGGAUCAAAUAAUGUCAUGCAAAGUGAGGUUGGCUGUAAACGUGGGCGUAACCACCCAUUGAUAUGGCCUUAAGACGAUGCCUGUGUAUCAUUGCCUUGGCAGCGUGUCGCCAUGCCUUCGCCACUCAUGCACAUUCUUCUUCUUCCAAACUGGGGACUCUUUCGUAGAAGCUACCUGUCAGCCCUGAGGAGCAGGGUGGUACUGUAUGUGCAAUGCUGCAGCGGGAGAUGCACCCCAUGUCGCCGACAAACCCGUCACGUGCUAACUCAUGUUUCUAAGAAAAAUGAAUAAUAUUUGUAUGACUGAUUUAUUACAUGGUGUCUAACAUUUGUUUCUCAUGUGCAAAAAAAAAAAAAGAGAUUUGCUUUUUUUUAAUUUUGUUUUGACUUUAACUGACUACAAUUGUCCUACGGGAGGUAGAGUAAUUAAAAAAUCUUAUUUGAG